GUUUUUAAUUGGUCAACAACUCCAUAAACUCCUCCCCUAAUCUAAAAUCUAUCCAAUGACUAAAAAGUAAAAUAGACUGAUCCAUCGAAAUGGGACUGACCUGAGUUGUGUCUGAUGUAAUAAUAAAUACCCAAAUUUACGCAGUGUGGUCAGUGUAGAAUUUAGUGGACACACAAAAGCACAACAAGUACACAACAAUGGCUGGCGGUAAAGCAGGGAAAGACUCAGGAAAGGCUAAAGCUAAAGCCGUCUCCAGAUCUCAAAGAGCAGGUCUACAGUUCCCCGUUGGUCGUAUCCACAGACAUCUUAAACACAGAACAACCAGUCAUGGCCGUGUCGGUGCCACUGCCGCCGUCUACAGUGCCGCCAUCUUGGAAUACCUGACCGCUGAAGUUUUGGAGUUGGCAGGUAACGCCAGUAAAGAUUUGAAAGUAAAGAGAAUCACCCCCCGUCAUUUACAGCUUGCCAUCAGAGGAGAUGAAGAAUUAGACUCCCUCAUCAAAGCCACCAUUGCCGGAGGUGGUGUCAUCCCACAUAUCCACAAGUCUCUUAUCGGAAAGAAAGGUCCACAAGGAAAGGCAUAAAUGUGUUUAUAUCAAUGACUUUUACGGCAGCUUUUACAAACAUUUCAUUGACAGUGCUCAAUAUUUCAUGAACUUUCAUCAAACAUUCAGGAUUUCAUUUUAAACUCGUCAUCGAACAAUAAUGUGAUUUUAACAAACCUUACGGGUAAAUGAACACAAGAAGGUUAUAAUAGACAAUUAAUCAAAUGCAGUUCCUAUCAUCUAUGUUUUUAUCGAAAUAAAAUUUUUAAAAUGUU